AUGUUUUUCCCCCCUCCAAGUGCUGAGCUCACUCCUCCGUGAAGCUCCUCCUCCCGGAGAAACAGUAGAAAUGUGGAAUAUGUGGCAUUUCGGCGUCGCUGUUAGUCUGGAGCCUCCGUGGAAGCGCGUCUGCAUUCAGGGUUAACGCGGAGCAGCAGCUCAGCUUUUCCAACCUCCGGAACCAGAAAGACGCACAAUGCCCAACUGGGGAGGAGGCAACAAGUGCUCGGCGUGCCGCGGAACGGUUUACCACGCCGAGGAGGUGCAGUGUGACGGGAAGAGCUUCCAUAAAUGCUGUUUUCUCUGCAUGGUCUGCAGGAAGGGUCUAGACAGCACCACGGUGUCCAUCCACGACCAGGAGAUCUACUGCAAGUCGUGCUACGGGAAGAAAUACGGGCCAAAAGGCUACGGCUACGGUCAGGGAGCGGGAACGCUCAACAUGGACCGAGGCGAGCGGCUGGGGAUCAAACCAGAGGAGACUCAGACUCACAAACCUACAACCAACCCCAACCCGUCCAAAUUUGCCCAGAAGUUCGGCGGGUCGGAUAAGUGUGCGCGGUGUGGAGACUCGGUCUAUGCAGCUGAGAAGAUCAUGGGGGCAGGCAAGCCGUGGCACAAGAACUGCUUCCGCUGUGCAAAAUGCGGCAAAAGCCUGGAGUCGACCACUCAGACUGAGAAAGAUGGAGAAAUUUACUGCAAAGCGUGCUACGCCAAGAACUUCGGCCCCAAAGGGUUCGGCUACGGCCAAGGAGCCGGCGCUCUGGUCCACGCUCAGUGAUGCCACUCCCCUCCAUCUCCAACUUGAAUAUUUUCUGACUGCUUAGUUUCCUGAUGUCCUGUUGUGCUCAAAAAAUGUGCUGUUCUAAAUAAACACAUAAACCAAA